CUUGGCAAUCCAAAUGCUGAGCUCGGCGAACAGACCAACAACCAAGCAGCGCACCCGAGCCACCUAUAUUCCACAACAUUGCUAAUGAUACACCUAUGUACCUGGGAAUCCGAAGAAUUGACGUACUUGGCAAUCCAAAUGCUGAGCUCGGCGAACAGACCAACAACCAAGCAGCGCACCCGAGCCACCUAUAUUCCACAACAUUGCUAG